GAACCAUCAAACGCCGUCUACCAUGUUCAAUAACCCAAGCCUCUCCAAAUCACCCCCGCCGCUGCGCUCAGCAAACUCGCCGAGAUCGCCAGCUCUCCCACACUUCGAAGACCCUCCCCUCGAAGACCAGCCAGAAGAGCAGCAGCCGCAGCCUGAAGAGGCACCAGUCGACGAUGAGAUACCGUACCCUGAGCCUAGCUCCGAACAGACUCUCCUACCUCCGCCGAAUUUCAUACCUUUCUUCGCUCUCGUAGAAGAUUCGAGUUCGGGCGAGCACUACCAUCCAUACGUACAUUAUGUGUUUGCGGAUGAUGACCCGAUCAUCGUGACGGCUGCAUCUAUGCGUGGAAUGGGCUUAGACGAUACAAGAUAUCUGCCACAUGAAACACCAGAGGGGCACGAAGAUCAAGACCAUGUGGGUGAGGAAGAGGAAGCCCACUACUCGCCUGUCGAGUCUCCGCUGCCGCCUCCAAUACCAGGCGUUAGGGAGCACUACCUCAUAGUCGAUGUAGGGGCGGACGGGCGUACGGUGGUUGAUGCACAGUCUUUAUCAUCGUCCUGGCAAAUAACAGAUGCGUCGACACGGACGGCACCUUCAUUCGAUGAGAGCUCACCAGAUCAAGGUCUCAUGCUACGGAUAGAGGGAGUGGAGAUACCUGGCAAGAAGAAGGGCAAAGGAAAAGGACAACCUGGAGAUAACAUACUCAGCGAAGCAAGAGAGCGGAAUCAAGGCGAUAUAUUCGCAGCGCUAGAUGGACUGGUAGAAGGUAUCGAGGGUAGCCUCGCGGUUGCCAGCAAAGUUACCGAGUUCGGGUCUCGAGAAAAGGAUGAGAAUGCACAGGCAGAUUUGCGGGCGGAAACAGAAGAGAAGGGCACAGUCGAGACAAACCUGCCAUUAGACUUUGAUCGCACCGGAUAACGCUUGUCACAGCCAAGCACUGCCAGUAAGGCUGGACGGCGACUGUCCAAAGACCUGGAUCAGCUUCAAAUCCAGCUUUGAACCUGCGGACCGCGUUCCCGCGUGGUGUGAAGCCGUUCAACGAUUUGCGAAGUAUAAUAAUGCCACUACAAUCGCGCCCGCCGGAUGGGACUCCGUAAACUCUACAGCACCCAUGUAAUCUCCUCGUAGCGCAACGUGGUCCUCUUCAACAUUUGUAGGUCUGUAAUUUCGCGUCUGUUACCGACAGCUCUAGUUUCGAGAUGCCAUAGCUUGGUGACGACUUCCCUUUCGUCGCGCCUGCCGCCAAACAACGACGCACGGACGGUCUAUACAGUAAG